AUGUCAAUUUAUACCAAAAUUACUGCUUCAUUACCAUUUAUUGAAGUUGAUUUAAAUUUAACAUCAAAACAAAUGUCAAUGUUUAUCAAAGGUCUCAAAUAUGUAAUACCAUGUCAACGUCGAUUUUCUCGUAAACCAAUUGAACAAAUGGUCAAUGAACAAUAUCAAAAUAUAUCAACGAUAGUUAAAAAUUGUUUAAAAGAUCACUACAUACCAACUACAGAUAUACGAGCAAAACAAGCAUUUCAAGAAUUAAAAUGUCUCUUAUCAGAAUUAUAUUUAAAACCAAUACCAAGAAAGCUGACUAUUCGUGCAAAACGAGAAUACAAGAUCGUUCGAAGUAUUCAACAAUUUUUACAUUGUCGAACCGAUAUUGUUAUACGUCGUACAGAUAAGAGUAAAGUAUUUUAUAUUGGUAAAGCAAUUGAUUUUGAACGAAAAGCUGAAGAAUAUAUGUUAAAAACUGAAGCAUAUCAAGAAAUUACAAAUGGUCGUAGUCCUCUAUCGGAUAUUCUAUGCGCUGUACAAACUUUACUCGAAUAUCUUGUCAGAAAACAAGCUUUAACUCCAAAACAACGAAAUCAAAUAUCUCCAAAAUUAAAUCAAUUAGAAUUAGGUCAUUAUCAUGGUUUACCAAAACCACAUAAGCCUAAUACACCGUUACGUCCGAUUAUUGCUUGCAUAAAUGGACCAACAACAUUGAUAUCAAAAUUUUUGAAUGCUCUACUUGCACCCGUCUUUUUGACUGUUGUUCGUGAAACAACAUUCAUUAAUGAUAUUGAUGUCAUUCGAAAAUUAGAAAAAUAUGUUCUGGAUGGUCUUUUUCAAUCUACAACAAAAUUUAUUGUAAUCGAUGUAACUGACCUUUAUACAAUGAUACCAAGAGAAGGUGCUAUACUUGCAUUAUUACGAUUUUUAGAAGAAAAUUCUUAUCAGGGAAAAAUAGGUUCAUUACAAAUUGAUAGUAUUAUGAGAUUGGCUCGUCUUGUAAUAGAUAACAAUUGUUUUGUUUAUAAUAACACAUACUAUAAACAAAGCCGUGGUGGAGCUAUGGGUUCAGCAUUUACACAAGUAUUAGCGAAUAUCUACAUGUAUUAUUGGGAACAAGAUUUAAUCAAAUAUACAACAGAGCAUAAGGGAAUAUAUGGAAGGUACAUAGAUGAUAUCUUCAUGGCAACUAAUCAAACAGCAAUGGAAAUUCAACAACAAUUGAAAAAGAUGAUGAACAAAGAUAUUAACAUUAAAAUUACUUAUGAAAUCAAUACAUCAGUUAAUUUUUUGGAUAUUACAAUAACCAAUGAAAAUGGCCAAUUAAAAACAUCGAUUUAUCAUAAACCAACAACUGAACCGUAUAUACUUCCAUUUACAUCCGAUCAUCCACGACAUAUUCAUCGUAAUAUACCCUAUGCUGCUUUAAUGCGUGCAGCUCGUCUCUGUUCCAAUGUUAAUGAUUUUAAUUCUGAACAAAUCCGCAUUGAUAUGUCAUUAUUAUUGAAUAAUUAUCCACCAAAAUUCAUAAAAAGACAAUUUCAACGAUUCUUCACAUCUAAUGAUGCCAUGCCGGUAUGGGAAAAAUUAGACGAAGCUUUAUAUCGUCGAUUACAUCAACGCCUAUUAGAACAACCAACUCGACGAGAAAAACUCCUGAAAAAUAUGUUAAAAGAUCCAAUUCGAUCACCGACAGUAUUACAAACAAAAGUAUGGGACAAAAAUAUAAUGUUUCCACGCUAUCAAUAUGACGGUUCAACAUCGAAAACCUUCAAAACCAAGUUUUACAAAUGGUGGUUCACUAAUUAUGCUCUGAAUGGCUCACCAGUAGAACAGGUCGAAAUACGAUUAGUACCGAACAUAGAUCGAACACUUGAAAAAUUCUUCAUCCACAAAAAACCAAAAAGAGAACUUCUUACUCGAAUGGAAAAAACAAAACAACCAUGGAACUGA